UCUAUGUUAAACACCAUUUUUAACUGCAGUCGAUGGUUUUUUUAGUUCGAAAAAUUCAAUUGUUUUUCGGUUAAUUCAGAUUUCGUUUAUAAAAGUAUUUUAAGUAAUAAAGCCAAUAUGUUAAGUUUGUUUAGCCCAAAAGGCUUCAGCCCAAAGAAAGCAACUCCACGUAAAGCUGCAUCGUUGUCCAAUCUUGCUUCUCUCGAUGUUUCACAACGCGCGCAAGAAUUCGGUCUCGACUACGGCUCAGCUUCGCUUAAAUUAAACGGGAAUGAACUUAAGUUUGAAGAUGGGGCAUGGCAGUCUGAGGGUGGAGCAGGGGGAGUCCCCCAUCGAGAGAUGAUUAAAUUGAAGAAAGAAAAUACCCGAAUCACCGAAGAGAACAACAUGCUUCGACUAAAGAUUGAUAUUCUGCUUGACAUGUUGUCCGAAGCAACAGCUGAGUCGCAUAUUCUUGAAAAGGAGAGAGAUGACGCCGUAAAAAGAAGGAAGAAAUAAUUGUUUAAUUUUAUUGCAAAACACUGUGCUACAUAUUUUAUACAACGCCAAUGUAAAACAUGGCGUGCGCUAUUAGUUCAUUAUUUUCAAUUAUAUGAAUGUUUGUUGGAUUUAUUUAGCUGGGGGUGGUGGGGCAAGUCCUAUACCUCCGUGCAUGUUCGAAACUGCUGCGUU